CAUAAGAAUGGAACAUUGAAACCACAAUUGACUCUCCCCGUGCUGCUUCCACGGUGUCGUCCUCUCUUUAACUCGUCGACAACACAUCAUGCCGGUAAAUCCACACAUACGGCACUACCCAUUCAGACAGACUUACAUCUCAUGCAGGCAUACCACUCCAUCUUCCUGGGCGACCAGGGCGUCCAAGUAAUAGGCAACUUCCCUCUCCUCCCACUACGCACAAAGACACGAGGUCCCGCAUACACACUCCCCCAACUCCCCAGCGGCACUGAUCCUCUCGAUGUCGACCCCGACUCCGAGUCCUACGACUGCCUCGACGAAGUCCUGUCAUUAUUCCGUGCCAACACAUUCUUCCGCAACUUUGAGAUCAAAGGCCCCGCAGACCGCAUGCUGAUAUACGGCAUCCUAUUUGUGUCCGACUGCUUGACCAAGGUCAAACCCAACAUGGACUCGCGAACGGCUGAAAAGGCACUGAUCAAUGGCGCGCUCGAGCAAUUCAGUAUCCCUGGCGAGCCAGGCUUUCCUCUGAACCAGGCGUUCGAGGCGCCGAGGGACAGAAACGAGGCGGAGGCAUUGAGAAGCUACCUAAGUCAAGUCCGACAGGAGUUGGCGAUGCGGUUACAUGCUAGAUUAUAUGAGGGCGGUGUUGGGCCGAGUAAAUGGUGGUUGAGCUUUACCAAGAGGAAAUUCAUGGGCAAGAGUUUAUGAGCAGAUAUGCAUGAGAAAGGCGAUAUGAUGGCACAGAGAUACAACAAGACAUU